AUGCGACUGGAUGGAUGCCCAGUGGAAGAAGUCCGGGCGGGAUUCCUGAAGAAGAAUGAAGGCAUGGAAAUUCUGGAUGCGCGACCUCUAGGCAAGUCGAAGGCAAUUCAGAUCACGUUCGGGGGGAGCCGGAACUGCAAGUUUCGUCUUGUCCGCAAGCCACCGACAGGUCGGCAGCAGAGCAUCGAACGUGAGAACCAAGCUGGCAAGGAUGAGCGGCACUCGAGGGCCAAGGAGCGGUCAUCGAGUGAUAAGGGAUUGGGCUUGCCACCGCUCCUGAUUCAAACUCAACGGUUAGCGGCUAGUGCUCAGCUUAUAGUGGUGGGGGAUUUCAAUGCGCCUCACCCAGAGUGGGGUUACAUCCGAGCCAGCCCAAAGGGCAAUCGGCUUUGGCAAGUUGCCCGGGAUCUGCGGUGGACGCUCUUAAACAACCCGCAAGAUCAUACGAGGAUAGGCAACAGCAUUAGCACGGAUACUUCUCCGGACCUUACGUUUCUCAAGGAUAUCAGUAAUGCAAAGUGGGUUAACACGGGACAAAAGCUAGGCAGUGAUCACUAUAUCCUUUCCACGACGUUUAGUGCUUCGAAGCAUAAAGACAAAGUGAAAGGCCAUAAAGUUACGGAUUGGGACAGAUUUAGGAAAACCAGGGCAGACACGGUGAACGGGGAAAUUGAAGACUUGGACGCUUGGGUUGAGGCGCUCAAGCAGGAUGUAAAGAGUACCACGGUAGAAGUUCCAAUCGAGGAAGAGGAGUUUACUGCAGACUCUAGGCUGUUACACAUGUGGGAAGCGCACGUGAGUCUCCUGAACAGGUGGAAGAUGCAGAAACAUAGUGGCGUCCUUCGCAGAAGGAUGGCCAAGCUAGAACGCCAAAUUGAAACCUACACAUUGGAUUUGAAGUGCAAGCAGUGGGGACACAUUUGUGAUCGAAUGAAUGCUCAGUUUGGAUGCAAAAAGACAUGGCAGUUGUUGAGGCACCUCUUGGAUCCGGCGGCAACCAAGUCGGCACAAAGGGGACAAAUCACUCGGUUAGAGCAUCAGUAUCAAGGCACGAUUAGAGAAUUUAUACAGGAACUCCGGGAUCGAUACAUAACCAAAGGAGUAGAUGGUUGCUUACCACACUAUUCGGGGACGGAAAACUCAGAACUAGAUGAAGACUUUACGGUGGCGGAGGUGGAGUUUGCCAUGGGGCAGCUCCGCACUACGUCAGCCGCAGGCCCGGACGGGGUUACUAAUAAAAUGCUGAGGAACCUGGAUUUCAAAUCGGUGGGGCCACUCACGGACUUGAUGAACAAGUAUUGGGCGGGAGGGGAGAUCCCAGCACAAUGGGAGCAUGCUAGGAUUAUAUUUAUUCCUAAGCCAGGCAAGAAGCUCUGCGUGGAGAACCUGCACCCGAUCUCGCUGACAUCAUGCGUGGGCAAAUUGAUGGAGCACGUGGUUUUAAACAGGCUUCAGGGUUAUGCGGAGGACAAGGCGAUCUUUCCCGCAACUAUGAUUGGUUUCAGGGCCAAUUUGUCCACGCAGAACGUCAUCUUACGGCUGAAACAUGACGUAGUCGAUCCCGGGAACGGCACGGGCACCAAAGCUAAAUUGGGGCUCGACCUGAAUAAGGCUUUUGACAAUGUUUCCCAUGAGGCGAUAUUAAAGAACCUAUCGGACGUUAGCCCAGGGGCCAGAACUUUCCGCUACAUCAGAUCAUUCUUGGAGAGCAGGACUGCGGAGAUUGCAGUUGGAGAAAUCAAAUCGGAUUCUCUCCCGAUGGGGGGAAAGGGGACGCCACAGGGUUCGGUUUUGUCGCCGUUCCUGUUUAACCUCGCUUUGAUUAAGAUACCGCCGAGGCUGGAAGAGAUACCGGGACUGAAGCACACAUUUUAUGCGGAUGAUAUUACUCUAUGGGUGACCAGGGGUAGCGACGCGCACUUGGAGGAAACACUACAACAGGCAGUCAAUAUUGUAGAAGAGCUCGCAGGAGAUGCGGGACUCUCAUGCUCUCAGCCCAAGUCCGAGCUCUUUGUGGUUCGGGACAAACCACGAGGUCCACAUGCGAGGCACUAUAUUCCGCCACCACCGCUGGAGGUAAAAGUGGGAGGUAUGCCGGUCGCCGAAGCCCAAACGAUCAGAAUCCUGGGCCUAUAUUUACAGACUAACAGGAAGAAUACGGUGGCCUUUGAAAAGCUUAAGAACACGGUCAACGCUACCGUAAGGCUAAUCAGGCGAAUCGCUAACCGUAAGAGCGGGAUAAAAGAAAAGAAUCUCUGUAAGCUGGUACAGGCGUUUGUGCUCAGCAGGAUUACUUAUGCGACAACUUACAUGAAAUUGGGUACCACAGAAAAAGGCAAGGUCGAGGCUAUGAUUAGGCAGGAUUACAAGGCAGCCCUUGGGCUUCCUAACAAUGCGUCAACAGACAGGCUACUAAGAAUAGGGGUGCACAACACCCUGGAAGAAGUACGGGAGGCGCACCUGGUGAUGCAGCAUGCUAGGCUUUCGACAAUGGAAACUGGCAGGGAUAUGUUGGAAAGGAUUGGCGUUGGCGCCGAGGCUCCCGCUGGUGACACUAAAACUCAGGUGCGGCGAGAAUUACACAAGGCCUUGUACAUAAAGCCUUUGCCCAAGAACAUGCAUCCGAUCCACCAUGAGGGACGCAGGAAGGCAAGAGCCAGAAAUUUACAUGUUCCAUAUGGAGAGUACAAAUCGGCAGUCUAUACAGACGUCGCGGAAUAUAAGGACAAGGACGCAUUUGCGAUUGUGGUGGUGGACAGGCGGGGACGCUUGGUCGCCUCUGGAUCAGUCAAAACCCGUUCCUCAGAAACUGCUGAGGAAGCGGCAAUAGCGCUAGCUAUCACUAAUUCUCAGUCUGACCUGAUUCUAAGUGAUUCGAAAACAGCCAUUCGAAAUCUGGCGAGGGGCAGAAUAUCGGUCACCGCCGCACGACUGCUGCACCGAGCCGCGGGGCGAGAAAUUCGAGAAAUAGAAAUUGUCUGGGUACCAGCACACUCUGGAAACACUGGGAACGAGGUGGCUCACCUGAAUGCUCGAGGUUUCGUCAGCCGAGCAGAGGACUUUGCCGGGGCAUGGUUUGAAAAUGUGGAGAUCUGA